AUGGGGGACUGGAAUUUGUUGGGCAGCAUCCUUGAAGAAGUGCACAUCCACUCCACCAUUGUUGGCAAAAUCUGGCUUACAAUACUGUUCAUAUUCCGGAUGCUGGUGCUGGGAGUGGCUGCCGAAGAUGUCUGGGAUGAUGAGCAGUCUGAGUUCAUCUGCAACACAGAGCAACCGGGCUGCAGCAAUAUCUGUUAUGACAAAGCCUUCCCCAUCUCUUUGAUCAGAUACUGGGUACUGCAGACCAUAUUUGUCUCUUCUCCAUCUCUUGUUUACAUGGGCCAUGCACUCUACAGGCUAAGGGCUCUUGAGAAAGAACGACAGAAGAAAAAGGCCCACUUGAGGGCCCAGCUGGAAGACCUGGAGUCCGUGCCUGAGGAACACAGGAGAAUGGAGAGGGAACUACGGAAGCUUGAAGAGCAGAAGAAAGUGAAUAAGGCACCCCUGAGAGGGUCCCUGCUGCGCACCUACAUCCUACAUAUCCUGACCCGGUCAGUGGUCGAAGUGGGCUUUAUGAUAGGUCAGUAUCUUUUAUAUGGGUUUCACAUGUCCCCCCUUUACAAAUGCACUCGGCCCCCUUGUCCUAACACGGUGGAUUGUUUUGUGUCCAGACCCACAGAGAAGACCAUCUUUAUGGUUUUCAUGAACAGCAUUGCUGCAGUCUCUCUCUUCCUCAACAUCCUAGAAAUCGCCCACCUGGGCAUCAAGAGGAUAAAGAAGACGCUGUACGGGCGGCCGCGGCGGCCGGCGGCCCCGGCCGAGGAGGAGGCCAGCCUUUGCAGCGCCAAGCAGAGCUUCGCGGUGCCGCCGCCCUGCGCGGCCAGCAACGCCGUGCCCCCGCGCCCCGCCGCGGCCCUGCUCCCGCCGCCGCCGCCGCCGCCGCCGCCGCCGCCGGGCGAUCAGCACCGCGGACAGCUCCGCGUGGCGCCGCGGCGCCGUCACGGCUCGUCUCAGCACCGCGGACAGCAGCCGCUGCCGCCCUCCUCCAGCAGCGAGGAGAUCAAAGAUGACUGGAUCCUCGGAUCAAAGACACCUAGUGAAUUAGAAAUGGGACCACGUGAGUGGAGGUUUCUUCAUAUGGACAAAGACUCACCAGGCAUUAUUAACUACAUGCUAUACACCCUCCAGAACCAAAGCUACAAACCGCUCAUUAAUGCAGGACUGCAACAUCAAUUUCAGAGUCAAGAUAAGCCGAUUUACAAUACAUAA